UUUAAUCACUUUUCAUAUUUAAUCUUUUUAACAACAAAAACCUUCGACAUUGCUUUGAGGAAAGAGUGAAAAUGAGAGAAACAACUAGUGUGAGCGCGCGCUGAAGCGUCUCUGUACGGAGGGGGCAGGUCGGGGCCACCAAGCUCUUCCUGGGGUGGGGGCACCCCCUCUGUGGUCCCGCAGCCCAGGCGGUACCUGCGGAUCUCCAAGGCUUCGCCCGGGCCCUGAGUUCCACGCGCCCAGGGAAGGCCGCGCCCUGGACGAGCGUGCGGAACCGGAGAGCGAGGGAAGCGGCGCGGGCGCUCCUGACCAUUGUCCUUGAGUGCGACUCCAGGCUAUUCUCCCGCACCCGUCCCAUCUGCAGUGAGAGGGCCGAGCUGGGCUCGGUGCGCACCCGGGGGCCCGGCGCCGGCGAGGGAGGGGCGCGGCCGUCCGGCAGUCCUGUGCGUCCACCGUUGGGCGGGCGCCGGGGCACUGCGGCCGCCGUCGUCCCUGGGAGGGUGGGCAGGGCUGUCGGGGGCUUCCGUGGGCUCGGCCUCGCCCACCUCGGGAGGAAAAGCAGGGGAAGCCCCGGCGCCCGGCGGCCCCAAGCGGUAGAGCGCAGAGGACACGGCGAUCCGGUCACCGCGCCCGUCCAGUUUCGGGCUGAGCAGGUCCCACCCUGCCGGGCGCGCGCGUCUAGCGGCCAGGAGCCUCGCGGCGGCCUCCAGCGCCCAGCCCCGGGGAAUGCGGCGGCCCCCGGCCCCUGGCGCCCCUUGGUGUCUCGGCUGGGCCUCCUCGCUCGUCUGCUCCGCGGCCUCGACGCUCCCGGGCCCCCUGAUGGCGGCGAAGUGGUUCAAGGAGUUCCCGCUUACUCUGAAGACCGCGUCGGAGCGCGCCCGGCCCGGGGGCGCCGGCGGCAAGCCGCGCAAGAACUCGGAGACCGGCAGUGCGGCACCCACCCCGGGCAAGGGCCGCAAGAACUCAGCGGCCGAACUGGGGGGCAGCAGGACGGGCAGUGGACCCCCCAAGGACAGUCGGCUGUCCCGGGACAGCCUGCAGGGUCUGAUCCAGGCCGCUGCAGGCAAAGGCCGUAAGAACUCCAGGGUCACCACCACCGCCACCGCCAGUGCCAGCGCCACCACCACCGAGGAGGAGCCCCACCGGGGUGCGGUGGCCAAGAGCGCAGGCUGCAGCACCUACAUCAGCAGGCUCAUCAAGGUGGACACACAGGAGAAGAAUGGUAAGAGCAUCUACCCGGGCGGUGGCAGCACCAGCAGCUCCAGCAGCUCCUCUUCCUCUGCGUCCUCUUCUCCGUCCUCCCUGGGCCCGGAGCUGGACAAGACCAAGAUAAUGAGACAGCAAGACACGGUCAUCAUUUUAGAAGACUAUGCUGACCCAUACGAUGCCAAACGGACAAAAGGUCAAAGGGAUGCGGAGAGAGUGGGUGAGAACGACGGCUACAUGGAACCAUAUGAUGCACAGCAGAUGAUAACAGCCGCGUCUAGAAUAGGCAAUGAAGAAAAGGCUGUGGGGCUGAAAGUCAAGAGACUAGGACAAAAGACACGGCUCUGGCCUCAGACAGCCUGGACCCCUGACCUGGUGUCAGAAAUCAGACGCCGAGGUUCCAAAGACCCUCUCGUGAAGGCCCUCCAGCUGCUCGACGGCCCGUGUGAACCAGGGGAGACCAUGAAGGUAGAGGCCACAGCCAAGAGACGCAGCUCCAAGGACCUACUGGGGAAGCCACCACAGCUCUACGACACCCCGUACGAGCCUUCGGAGGGUGACCUGCGUGCGGCAGAGGUGAAGGCACGGCCAGCAGACGGCAGGCUACCUGAGGAGGAUGACCGGCCUGCUGCCGAGUAUGAGCAGCCCUGGGAGUGGAAGAGGGAGCAGAUCGCACGAGCCCUGUCAGUCCAGUUUGAGGGAUCUGAUCGAUCUCCGGGCAGAGAGGAGGCAGGGAGACCGCAGCACUGGCAGAAGACCUUGAAGCCGACCCUGUCAGACCACGGAGACGGGGAGAAGGUGGACCCAGGCCUGGCUUUGGAAAAGCAGCCUUGGUAUCAUGGCUCCAUUAGCCGAGCCGAGGCUGAGAGCAGACUACAGCCCUGCAAAGAAGCUGGCUACCUGGUCCGGAACAGUGAGUCGGGGAACAGCAAGUAUUCCAUCGCACUCAAGACUAGUCAAGGGUGUGUCCACAUCAUAGUGGCUCAGACAAAAGACAGCAGAUACACACUGAACCAGACGAGCGCCGUGUUUGACAGCAUCCCCGAAGUGGUACACUACUACUCCACUGCAAAGCUGCCUUUCAAAGGGGCAGAGCACAUGACCCUUCUCCACCCCGUGCACAAGUUGCACUAAGGUCCAGCCAGCACGCCCGGGCACCUGCGAGGACAUCAGCACCUACCACCAUCGUGGACAGGACCUUCUGCUGCUGCUGCGGACCAGAGUCAGCACCCGUGGUCCUAAAUCCAGGACACAGUGUUUUCUGAUCUGUUCCUUCUCUCCCUGCCAAAUAGCUGUCCUAUAAGAUAAUAUUGCUUGCCUGCCGCCUUCUCCCUUGGAGUAGGAGUUCUGUUUGGAGUGUGACCCUUAGGAAAGGUAGAUCUAGAGCUCAGGAGCACUGAACUUGUCCCUUGGUGCAGUUCUCUGGAGUGCCUGUCUUCUGGACAACAGAGAGCCCCUAGGCCUUCAUGAGCGACCACGUGGGCUGGAGAUCCUGCAGUGUAGGCCCCUCAUGAGGAGGGGACGGACAGUGGGAAAUAGGAACAAUGGACAGGAAAGGUGUCUUUCCCCACGUCCUGAUGCAGCUGUGGCCUUCACACAACAUUCACAACCUGAGGUCUUCACAAGAGUGUUAUUUGAUUGACCAGCUCUCCUAAGAAAAGUACGUGCUUUCUCGAUUCCUCUGGGCGUUCCCGUCCUUCAGCAGUAACUCAGUACUAUGAGCAAGACUUGGAUGGAGGACCCCAGAUUAAAGUGUUACCAAUAUAAUCAAGCGGUAGCAUCCCCUGUAUAAACUCUGAUUGCUAUUAAGUGUACUCCAAAGAGUUGGUUUCUGAUUUUUUUUUUAAUUCUACAGAGCUCAACACCUGUUUUGUUAUUGGAUAUUUACAAAGCAUUUCAGACAGCUUUUCUUUUUGUGUAUUUUUGUUGCAUGAAGUCAUCUUUAAGAUUUCUUUCUGAAAGUAGAUUUGCUUUUUAUUUUUGGCAAAAAAAAAAUUUGACAACAAAAUUGGGAUCUGAUUGUAUGAACUGAGCCACUGGUCUGAAAAGAUCGCCUCUGACAUACAGAACACACCAACAUACGCCUGACAGAAACAUUUUGAAAAAUAUUGUAGUUGGGGCUGUCUUGGCUGCUCUCUGAGACACUAAAUCAUUGUAUGUUUAGCCUGUGACCGGUGAACUGUGGAAAAUCCCGCAGGAGGAGCUUGCUGCGUGCAGGUGCCAUGGAGAAUGGGCUCGGUCAGAACGGCAGGAACAUUUCUUGCUCGUGUUUGUAAACUGGAUCUCAAGACUGUUCCCAAGGCGAUGUGCUGACCACCGUCAGUGGAAAGUGGAUGUGGGUGGCUUCUCAGAUACACAAAAAAAUAUUAACCGUAAGUCAGGUGUGAUGGCACACACGUUUAAUCCCAGCACUCAGGAGUCAGAGGCAGGUGAGUCUUUGCGAGUUCGAGAUCAGUCUGGUCUACAGAGUGAGUUCCAGGACAGCCAAGGCUACACACAGAAACACUGUCUUGAAAAAUCCAAAACAACAAAAACCUGGCCAGAUUUCUUAGGAGAAAGCACAGCCUAGUCCUUAACUCCCUCGCUUGGCUGCCCUGACAGAAUGGUAGGAAGACGUUUGCUCCUGGUUCAGGACGUCUUAGCUAAAGGGUUGUGUGAGGUUUUGUUGGAGGUUAAAAGGGCCUUUUCCUCAGUGGAGCACAGCAGUCCUCACAAAGGCUGCCCUCGCAGUGCUGACAAUCAUUCUGGCUCCUGUAUGCAGGGCACUCGGUUUAAGUUUUCGGCAGCCGCAAUUCCAUCCAGCAAAUGUUAAUUAUCAUUUAUUAUCUUGUAUCUGUGCACUGUCCGCUAUGUCAAACCUAUAUUAGCUCAUCUUGUAGCCAUGAAGCCUUAAUUUUUGCUUAACCCUCCUUACUCUUCAAAAGAAAUGGAGUUGUUGUCUCUAAUGGUCAGCGUUAAAUAUUAAAACGUUUCUGGGUGGGGAAGGAUGUGGGCACACACCUGGCGACUCUGAUGAACGCCGGCCUGACAGGUCAGAGUCACCUGGCCUCUGCUGCACACCCAGGCAUGCUCCCUCCAUAUUUGCUCUACAUUCUUGAAGGCGGAGGAGAUGGAGUUUAUAUAUAGUCCAGUCUUCAUGGUAAGGGGAGGGGGGCUAUAAAAAGCAAAAAUACUGUAGAUUAGCAGAAGGCCAGUGAGGGAGGAUGUUAAAGCUGCUAUUUUCUUCUUAGGUUGUGACACACGCUGACAGAAGCCAGGGGACUCACAGCUGGGUGGUGGCAUAUAGUACCCUACCCUACGUUCUAAAAACAAUUAGGCCCAGCAGGGUGCCCUAACCGCUUGCUAGUGAGCCUGGGCCGGCUGAUCUGAAGCUCUGGGGCUUGUCCUCCGAGCUCCAAACGAUUGGGCUUCUUACCCUUUUUCUCCUGAUAAAAGUAUUUUCCUAUUUAUUCCUUUGAAUCAAUUCCGUCUCCCAGGGGGAAAGUUAUUUUUUUUUCCUACAAAGAUUGUCUUUUGGUGAACCCUCCAGAUGCCUUGAACAUCUGUAGAGCUCCUCACCUUUUUCUCCUUCAGCAAAACUUAUUUGUAAAAACUGCUUUGUUCGAGGGCAUCGACUUAGACAGGGACCCCUGAGAACGGACGGCAUCUGUAAUCCAGCUAGCUAUCCAGGAGGUAGAGCCAAGAGUCCAAAACUAGCCUGGGCAACAGAGCAAGGGCGUCUCCAAGAAGAACACAGAAAGGCAAAGGACAUUUCUACUUCCUGUGAUUGCCCAGCGGUUUCUGUCCAGAUAUAUUCCAAUCACCACCCCAGGUGUCUCCGGCCAGUAUGAUGCGCUGAGGCAAAGGCAGGAGGAGUUGAAUUCAGUGCUAUUCUUGGGUUACACCUGGGGACAAAGAACUGUCUCAGAGGUGGGAAAUACUUGCUGCACUUGUAGAAGACCCUGGUUAGUUCCCAGGAUCCACCUUGCCCAGUUCUAGGGGAUCUGGUGUCCUCUUCUGGCUUCUGAAGGUACUGGGCAACAUGGUACACACACAUCUAUACAAGCAAAACAUCCAUGCACACGAACCUUUUAAAACACUGAGUAACGGAAUAAAGCAAUGGGGAAAUUUAGUGAGUAUGCACAAAGGCAGGAGAUGGCAAAGGCACCAGAGUCCCUUCCGGUUACCGAGAGUGCUUUAAUAGGCACCGUAAGAACAGCCUUCAUUCUUGGCCGCUUAGUGUGUGCUGUGCUGGAGUUCAGUCACUGCUCUCUGCCACAGGAAGGGGAGCUGGGCAGAGAACCAGGAGGGAAAGUGGGCUGUUCUCCAUGCAGGUCCUACCUUAAUCAUCCUUGUUUGGUGUUGGGAGUCUUUGCCAGUGUUACCCCUGCUGGGUAGAUUAAUGUUUAAUUCAAGAACAACUGUGAGACUUCUUUAGUCGCCUGUUGGACGAGUCUGUUAGCAUUUUAGUUACAAGCUCAUGACUUACUUUUCCUUGCCUCAGUCAAAAAGCCAGUGUACUCUUGAGUCAUCCCUCCUGUCUGAUACUUAGGGUUUCACUGCUCCCCUCCCUGGGCCUCACAGCCUUCUGUCUUCCUCCUGUCUUCUGUAGCCAGCGCCCGCUUAACCUUAAACUCCCUUAGGACUGAUCUUUUUUCUUCUCUUUGCCACCUACAUCCUACUAACUUGGCCUUGGAGAAACUCGGUCAGUAUGAACCUUCCCUCUAAUUAGCUUUCCUUCUUGGCGGAACCCAUGCCAUGAAAGAUGGUGUUCUCCUGCCAUCUACUGGGGCAAAGGAAAACUGCAGUUGAGAAACAAGCUGUCCAUUUAGGGUGGUUUGUCUAAAGGAUUUCUCAUACAGUCCAUAACUCAAAAUAAACGAUGACACAGCAGUUGCCAUCUUGAAAUGUACCCUUCCCUAUAGAAAGAGUUCUUUGACUCCUACUAUGUCCCUGGACCCAGGCUGAGUCAUGUAUUUCAUAAUCUUUAUUCUAUUUUUGAAGACUGUGCUGUCAAUAGAUCACUGAGGCGGGAAUCAUUUCGUUAAAGUCUUAGCUGUUCCAAAUGCUGUCAGGAGGAUUUGACAUGUAAACAUUAAUUGAUACAUUGUUCUAACUUUUUAAAAUAUUUAACAGAUUGUAAUACAGGAGCCUUGGCAAUUGGUAUUAUACUGGAAUCUUAUAAAUCAUUGGCUCUCUUGCACGGACCAGUGUAGCUGUGUGCCUUCUGGAAGGUGGUUUACUCUGAAAUGCUACUAUCAAUAAAUGCUUGCCAGGAAAACA